GCUGGAACCAGCCAUCGCCACACGACUCGUCCGAGAUCGAGGUCCAGGUGUUGUUGAAGUACGAGCCCAGCACGGUCUGGUGCGUUACCGGGCAGAGGUACGCGAUAUCCGCGCUCUGGUCGUCGAGCAGAUACUGCAUGGCGGUCGGCUUCAAGGAAGGAUAGAAUAGAAGACUGGGUGGGAAGGCGAGAACGAAGACCGGGGUGCCAAGAGGGGGCAGAUGACGAAAACGAGGGAACGUCCUAGAAAAGAAUGGCGGGGCGCGGGAAGGAAGCGCGCGGCGGGUUCGAUAACCUCAAAGGAGUGGAUGGGAGCAAAAGGGAGGCCAGUGUCAGUGACAGCGAGACCAAAGGGCUAGUAGCGCCAUCGCCGAUCGCCAAGGGCGUGACGGGGACAAGGUUUGCUGUCAUGAUCGUGGCAACGGGCUCGGCUGCGAACAGCGACCGGGCUGGGCUUGACGGCGUUGAACCAAGGUCAGACUACAUUGUUCACCAACAGGUUCCAUCAGAGCAAUCACGCUAUGGGAGUGUUAGAUUGAGAACAAGGAUGGAGAAUACAGCAGAGCGCACAACAGCUUCCGGCCCGCGCAGGACCGCUGCUACGAGUUCGAGGCAGAGCACGAAGACUGUUGACACUAGAUGCGUUGGGCGCAAAUACAAGGCCGAUGGGUCUACAGCGAUGGAUAAGUAUGUUUGGAAUGAGGUGCGUACCCUUCCCGCCUCUGACAGGAUGGUAAAUGAAUCAGUGAAGGCUGCGUUGGCGACUCAUCCCAUGCUGUUUCUAAACCGGAAAGUGGACGGCUAUAUUGAGGCCAUUUCCGCUCGAAGGAUGUACAGCCCAUACUCUAUGCAUCCUUCCGAACAUGGAAACAGACAACUAGACACUGACUUGAGCUUUGCUGGGUUUUGCAUAGAGACAACGCGCCCGAGUACGCCUGUUGGAGUAUACCACGAGAAAGGAUCGGAGCGGCCAAGGAAGAAGUCGGUGGGUCUAUCGUCUUUGCCCAUGGUGGCAGCAGGCAAGAAAAGGAAGCAAGGAAGCGAGUAGGGACGCGAAACCUGUCAUGCACGUGGCUUGCUAGUGAGUAGCAGUAAAGUGGUCGUGAAUUUGUUGAAAGGUCCUACCUC